UUAGUAGAUAAAAAGAAAAAGAAAAUAUUAGAAAAAAUAAAAAUUUCUAAAAAUGGCAUUUGUUGGACUUGCAGAUCUUUUAAAGAAGCCAUUUACAAGAAUUGUUUUCCCAAUAGAGCAGGAGAAACAUGUUUAUUUGUACUGCUCGUGCGCAAAGAAAGAUGAAAACCCAAUAAAAAAUAAAAAACAAACUCAAAAGAAAAAGGAUAUUGUUUCAAACCCAAAAGAGAUCUUUCAGACGAAAAAGCAUAUUACAAGUCAACAUAAAACUAUCAGUGUCACAGAGCAAUUUCAGUCUCAUGAAAUCAAUGAUGCAAAACUUUCUUUAAAUUUAAAUAAUGUAACAAGAACUUAUAGACGUCCGCAAACAAGCUCCAGCAUUCACCAAAUAGCAACUAACAAUAAUGUCUUAAAAUUUGGUUGUAAAGAAAAGUCAGAUGGUAUAGACUUACUUAAUGAUUUAAUAAAAACUUCUUCUGCAUCAAAAUUAAGGCAUUCAAGACUGGAGUCCAUGCCCCUGGAGUCGACAACAGUAGCUCGAACUAUUUCUCACAAUAGUGUAUUGAAGUUUGAAAACAAAUUUAGAGUCUCUGAUGUGAACAAUUCUUUAACUUACUCUAACAGCAACAAAGUGAAUUGCACAUCAGCUUUAAUACCUUCAACUCAAAACAUAACUAAUCGAACAUCUAAAUCUCAAACAAAUUCAAAUUCAUUUCUUACAAGGUGCACAUCAUCUGAAAUAAAUUUGAUAUCAACUGUAACUAAUCAUGCAUUUGUAAGAAAUCCAAAAUCUGUAAUAGAAAAUUCAAAAUCAGUUGUAAGGCAUCCAAUAUCAUCAGCUAAAAAUUCAAUGUCAGCUUUUAGUAAUCCAACAUCAUUUGUAACUAAUCUAACAUCAGUUUCAACAAAGCAAACAUCAGUUGUAACAAAUUCAACAUAUGCUAUAAUAAAUCUGACAUCAGCUGUGACAAAUCCAACAUCAGCUGUAACAAAUCCAACAUGGGCUAUAAUAAAUCCAACAUCAACUGUAAUCAAUCCAACAUGGGCUAUAAUAAAUCCGACAUCAGCUGUAGCAAAUCAAGCGUUAGCAGUAAAUCCAAUAUCAGUUAAAGCAAGUUCAGCACUAGCUACAACAGGACCGAUGUCAAAUGAAAUAAAACCAAUAUCAGUUGAAACAAGUACUUCUAGUGUACCAAAUACUUCAUCAACUGAAAAUAAAAAAACUAAACAUGAAUAUGUAAAAAAAAUAAAAAAUGAACAAGAUAAUAACAAAACAGAAACAUUGAACAGUUCACCUAAAUUAAAGUCGUUUUGUUUUCAAGAAAAAAAUGUUCAAACAAAUAAAAAAAACAACUUAGAAGUUUUUCUGGGUACUGAAAAGGACCAAAAAAGUCCAGUCGCCAAAUCAUUUGAUUUAUCAGGUGAUGAAUUGUGCAUUGAUGGAGAGUAUAACACUGAAAUCAAUUCAAAACUCAAAUAUCUCUUAGAUUCUGCAGAAUCUUCUGCAGAAGAAGAAUCGUCUGAAGAUUGUCAAGAAAGUGAAGUUUUAUCAACAAAUCAUAAAGUAGUGUCAAAGUCAGUAAAAAAUCAUCUGUUACCUCAAAAUAGUUUUUCCUCAAAAACGAAAACACUUAAUACUGAACAAAAACAAAUAUUAAUCAUUAAAUCCUUAGCUAUUAAGAGUGAUAGUGAUAAACCCUCAAAAACUGGUUUUUCCCAAUACCAAAAAGAUACCAAAAAAUGUUUAUUCUCUAAAAAUAAAUAUACAAGUUCUAAAUAUAUGAACAUUCAACCACAAACUGAAGGCGAUAACUGUUGUCCUCCAGGAACUGAAGAUGAAGUAUGUAUUUCCAAUGAAGUUGAAAAUGAAUACUGUUUAUCUCAUGGAACUAAAGAAGAUGACUGUUUUCCUCCAGGAACUCAAGACGAAAUACUUUUGCCUCCAGGAACAGAAAAUGAUUAUUAUUUACCUCCAGGAUCUAAAAAAGAUGACUGUUUUCCUCCAGGAACUGAAGAUGAAAUACUUUUGCCUCUAGGAACUGAAAAUGAGUAUUGUUUACCUCCAGGAUCUAAAAAUGAUGGCUGUUUUCCUCCGGGAACUGAAGACGAAAUACUUUUGCCUCCAGGAACUGAAAAUGAGUAUUGUUUACCUCCAGGAUCUAUAAAGGAUGACUGUUUUCCUCCAGGAACUGAAGACAAAUUAUAUUUGCCUCCAGGAAUUGAAAGUAAUUGCUUACCUUCAGUAACUCAAAUUGAAAAAACUCCAAUUGCUAAAGCCACAAAAUUGUCAUAUUCUAAAGAUUUGUUUUCUUUUAAGAAAGAUUUUUCAAAAAAUGUGGUUUCAAAUCUCAAUGAAUCAAAAAUGAAAAACAGUUCAACAGUUCACUCUAAUAUGGAUAAAAAACAGUUUUUACUUUCUAGUGAGUCUCCGUCAAAUUCAUCCUUGAUUUCUGAAGAAGUUUCUUUUGCAUCUCCCCCAAUAGACUUUAAUGACCCUUUUCAUAAAUCGAAUUUUAAAAAAUUUUUAUCUGAACAUAACAUGGAGCAUCUUGAACCAUUCAUAAAUUCUAUCGAUCCACCACCAUUCAAUCACCCCAAAGAUUCAUCAUUCAAAAACUCUUUAAAUCCUCAAUCAUUAAGUUCUAACCAUGUUAGACCAUUUGAGUAUCCGCUGUCAUCUAUGAAUAGAAAAUCUCAAUCUUUUCUAGACAACCAGAGUUCAUACUCAACGGAAGAGCGUUCAAAUCUGCAUAAAAAAUUACCAACUCAGAAUUCAAGACACCAAAUCUCUUCUUCAUCUUUAAUGAGUAUAUCUGUCUUGGAAAUGACCAGUACUGAUCAACUCCGAAACAAAAGGAUGGGUGAUUCUAUUGAUGGUAACCAAUCUUUGAAAGAUCGAACCAAACCUAAAAAGAGAAAGUCUGAGAAACAAAAAGUUGCAUCGCGAGCAUAUCUUGAUAAAAGAAAAGUUGAGAUUCAACGAGAGGCUGAAAAAAAAGCUCAUGACGCCUCUUUGCCUUGUCCCUUUUUUAAAAAGAAAGGAUUUUGCGAUUAUGGUGAUCAGUGUCGUUUUUCACACAAAAUUGAAAUUGAUAAACGAAUAGAGCUGUGCAAAUUUUAUGUGGUUGGUGCAUGUCGUAAAGAAAAUAAUUGUUUAUUUAUGCAUGAGCAGUGGCCAUGUAGAUUUUAUCAUGUGUUGAAAUCUUGUAAUAAAGGAAGUUCAUGCAAGUACUCUCAUGAAGAUAUGACAUCUGAGGUUAAAAAGGUUUUUGAAGAGUUUGAACUAAAGAUGGAAGAAUCACAAAGUGUUAAUAAUGUAGAGGCUCCUUGCUCUUCAAAUUCUGGUCCUUACUCUUCAAAUUCUGGUACUUCUUUAACUGGUCGACACUCUGACGAUGAAAAAGAAAAAGCGCCGGAUUCGCCUAAAAAUGAACCAAACCAACAUCUACCAUCAAUACAAAAACAACCCGAAGGUUUUGUUUUCCCGACAUUUUAUUAUGAGCUUACAUAAACUGUAUUUUAUGAAAAAAUUUAACAUUGAGGGAA